AUGUCGCAGAUCACUCCUCCGGUUCUGACGACCCACAAUGACGAAAGUACACACAGGGGAGAAGCCUUACCCUGUCCUGCUGAUUGUGGCAAGAGGUUCGCCCACUCAGGAGGCCUCCGAGAACAUGAGAGGAUACACUCCGGAGAGAAGCCUCACUCCUGCUCUGUGUGUGGGAAGAGCUUCACCCAGAAGGGAAGUCUUAGAGUUCARCUACGGACACACACGGGGGAGAGACCUUAUUCUUGCUCCGUCUGCGGCAAGAGUUACACCCAAAAUGAAUUUUUGAAAGUGCACCAGCGAACACACACGGGAGAGAGGCCCUACUCCUGUUCUGUGUGUGGCAAGGGCUUUGCUCAGAUCGGAAACUUGAAGAAACACCAGCGGAUUCACACCGGGGAGAAGCCUUACCAGUGCCUGGAGUGUGGCGCCAGUUUCACCCAGAAGGACAGCCUGAAGAUGCACCAGAGGUCUCACASGGGAGAGAAACCCUGCGUCUGCCCCGAGUGCGGGAAGGGUUUCCGUGACAACGGGCACCUGAAAGUCCACGUGAGAGUGCAUACAGGGGAGAAGCCGUACUCCUGCCCUGACUGUGGGAGACGGUUCAGCCAGGCAGACGUCCUGAAGAGACACCAGAUGGUGCAUACAGGGGAGAAGCCGUACUUCUGUGCCCUGUGUGGGAGGAGGUUCGCCCAGCCUGCCACUCUGAAGUACCACCUCCGGACCCACGCAAGAGAGAACCAGAAGGAGGCGAGUUCAACAACACUUCCUUUACAGCCGAAACUGUUGCCACAGUAACAACUUCAGUUGGAACGAUUUGAAUGAACAUUCCAGAAUGUUACGGGAAGCUGCAAAUAGCCAUUUUUCUAUGUAUUCAAACUGCAAAUGCUAAUUUACUACGUGUAAUAGAAAGCCUACAUAGCAACGUGUAUUAUUUGUAG